GACAAACGCUACUUGAAGAGAUGUUAUAGUUGGUUGGCCUACAUUUACUUUUCCAACAGUCUUUUCUUGACACGUCCCGUGUAUAGAGACGCUCAACACCUGGUUGUUAUGGGGGCCCUGCUAUGCAGGUGAAUGCGUGUUUAUGUAAACAGAGGCCUUGGAGCAGUUCACCACCAAAAGUCAGUCCGGGUCAAGCAGAUUCAGCCGUUGAUGGUCAGAGUAGCUGAGCAACCGCCGGUCGACUCUAUGGAGUCGUUCAAGCGGCAGCAUACCCUGCAAAAUCGGCAGAUCAUCAAGGUGAAUACUCAACAGGCUUUUCGUAUUCGUGAGUUAGAAUCAGAAGUAUCUGCGCUGGCUUGCGAGAACCUCGAUCUGCGCACUACAGUCAUACAGCUUCAAGAGCAGAUAGAGCGCGACCGCAAGAAAUCAAUGGUUGCCAACAUUGAUGCGACUAAAUGCGAGUUGGAAAGACUGAUGCGGGAUAUGAGUGAUGCCAUUGGAAGAAUGGGCAAAGGAGCUGAGAAUAUGGACCACAACCCUCUUCCAGGUGAGAGACGUCACCGCACCUCACAUGAUUGUGCGGAACUAACACUGCGCUUAGCACCCACAGAAGACACUUCAACCGUACGGGGUCGUCGUAUUCGCCGAAACAUCUCUCGCUCGCGGUCUAGGUCCCCGUUGCUUCCCGACGAUGAAGCUUAUUUCGAUCAUGAUGCUAUGGAUUCUCCAUCGAAGCCCUUGCGCAUGAACUUCGGAGGACGUGAUCUACCGAGCAUCGAUGAGCAAGAAGAAGCACGGCGAGCGAGUCUCAAGUUCACAAGGCUGCGGCGUAGCUCCGUGAAUUUGCAGAGUGCUCCACUGUGUUCAGCAACUUCUGAAGUGCAGUCGUCCGACCUGGUGCGUGAAUCUGGUGCACCUUCGUUUGUUGAUGUUACCGGGCCGAGAAAGGCGACGGAAAGUGGUCAUGAACGAGCCCGCCCGGGCAGACUUACGCAGUCCAGUGGAAAAGCGAGGCGUGAGAAAAGAGUUGAAACAGACGCAAGUGAUCAGCGAGGUUAUGUGUCUCCUCAGUCAGAAAGAACUGAGCGACGCUCAAGUGCCGCCUUGUUGCACGACACGACGGAGAAAGACGAGCAGAAAUCUCGACUUUUCACAGCAUCAGACUUGCGCGAAGAGAUGCCUUCACAUGUACCACAAUUAUCUGAAACCAAGAGCUCUCGUAGAAGAAGUACCUUCUUGCCUCAUGUCGAUCUUGGCAAGGAGAAUACGAUGUCCUCCGCCCGGCCCGACCUGGUUAUGAACGGAAAACAGGUCAAAACCGCUUUCGCACCCAUCAUGCAACCUGACACGAACAGAAUAUUGCAACCAAAGGAGUUCAAUAGCCCGGUGAAGGGUAUCAGAUUGUCGGUAUCACCAACGAAAUCACCCGUUUCGGAUUUCAAAAUGCGUACAUCAAUGCGCAGAAGCUCGGCUGCCGACCCUCCAAAUACACCCCAUUCACCUACAGAGACAGACGACGGCGCUUCGCCGCCCCGCAGAGCAGGCCGAGCUCGGAAAGAAGUCAACUACGCCCAGCCGUCUCUGCGUUCUAAGAUGCGGCGUGAUUAUGAGUUACCUUCCGACAGAGUAAAGAAAGGGUCGAAAGUAGAGAAGAAAAGUGAAAGAAUCGUUACCCCGUCGUCCGGUGUUCCUGGCAGCGACAGCGGCAUAGUGACGAUAAAGGCAGAGCCAGAUGAUGAGGGGACAGAAGCCGCAAGCGAAGAACAUCCAGUAUGCACUACCCUCCUGCCACCCUUGAGGAUCCUACACGAAAAUGCAGUUCGGAAUUGCUAUCACCUCCAUCAACCUCGAGUUCUUCUGAAGAGCGUGUCGGACAGCGGGAUACUCUCAGAACCACGCGUCGCCUUGCUGCGGCAGGCGGACUCGAGGAUGCAGCGCUACUAAGAAAGAGGAGGCAGACUUUGAGCGAUAUUCUGGGAACGGAAGAUGGGAUGAAAUCGAUGUCGGUGCCAACGGCAAGAUCGGACUCAAGCCUCAGAGCGCAGCGCAGAAGAAGCAUGAUGGCAUGAACUGCAGGACGACUUAGAUAGGCUGAGGUUUCACGGCGUACUUCUCAGGAUUACGAUCCACGGCAUUUAU